UCACUUUAGUGUUUGUGAAGCAGCUGUGAAGCAUCAGCACACACUCCUCAGAAACAUCUGGAGAUGGAGUCUAAAGGCUCCAUGUUAAAGCUGUCACUUUGUCACCUCCUCCUCUCCUUCUCUGUCUCCUCAGCAGGGUCAUUUGUAGUGAAUGUGACACAGAGCUGGUAUCAUGCAGAGGAGAACCACAACAUCUCACUGGAAUGGAUGUUCCCCACCAGCACGGACCACUCCACCAACUCCCUCUAUGUCUCCUGUGAGAUGCAAACUGAUGAGAAAUGCGUCCUGUUGAGUCUAUACAAAGGUGUGGAGGUCCCAGAGUUUCAGGAUAAACGCUUUGCAGGACGAGUCCAGUGGGACAAAGACGUCCUCAGAGAAGGACGACUCAGACUUCACAUCUCCAGACUCCAGACUAAUGACUCUGGGCUGUACUGGUGUGAAGUGUCCUCAGGUAAUGAGAGGAACUCUAAGAAAUGUCACCUCAAUGUCACUGCAGUGAAGGAUCGACCUGAACCUGAGACAACCAGUGACACCAGUCUGAGAGCAGGGAUCGUUUUCUACUGUGCACUGGGACUAGCAGCAGCUCUACUGGGUUAUUCCUUUAUUUUCUGUCUGCGUUACAACAAAAGAGUCUACAAAAUGAUCCAUACAGCCUCAGCUGUUCAGGUGGUGAUCCAUCCCAAACCCAACGCCACGCUACCUCAUAAGAAACAAAACCGGAUUAAGGAGACCAACGUUGGGUCUGCUGGAGAUGGGAGUGAUGGAACAACUUGAGGGCAAUAAAUGAAAAACUAGAAAAAUCUACAAUAAUUUUAAAAGUGUGACCUAGACGGCCCACAGAUGUUGCGGUCACACUCUGAUGGACACAUGUGGACACGUGCGACUACACAAGCUGUGUCUCAGAGUCGCUGCGUCCUUAAGGACGGCUUCAUCGACCACAUACGUCACUUCUGCUGCGACUCGCCGUCCCGUUCUGUCGGCUCCUCUAAACGAGGUCGAGGAUCUCAGCCCUCCAGGAGCCGAUUUGAAGGACACAUCAGAUCUAUCCUUUGGGGCCCAGCAUAUCCCAGCAUGCAGUGCAGGCCGACGAGGAUUUAAUUCAUUCAGGACGGAGGCCGGUGAUCCGACAGCACGAGUUCAGUUUAAGUGUAACGUUAAGUAAUAGAAUUCACUCAAAGUCCAUUUACUGUUCUUAUGAACAUCAAUGUACCAACACACACGUGUGUUCGGAGGUCAG